GUAUAUGCCGCAAACCCACUAGAAAAUAUAAAGAAUUUAAGUAUACCCACUUAACAAAGAGCGAUGAUACGUAACAACAUCGUUUUGUGUCAGGAAAGUGCAACAACGUACUGACAUUUGGACCAUUGGUGCAAGGAACAAAAGGAGAUCAUGAAAGGCAAGCAAUUAAAUUACACUGUUUCGGUGUUUUCGUAAACCUGCACAUGAAGCUACUGGCUUGACGGGUUAUGACGCUGCAGCAGGUGUUACAGAAAAUGAUUAGUGACGAGCAUCAGAGUUUGAUUUUAACCAUUUAUUUCAAUAUGAUUUUUAAGUCUUUGACAUGGCUGAUGAUCUGAGCUGUCAGUGUUCGAUAAACACAACGUAAUGUUUUCGAAUUCAUCCACCGGAGUUGCGCAGACUAAUCGGCGCAUGACAUCAAAGCACCGCGAGGCAAGAUUGCCUUUAUUCUACGUAAUCGCUCUCGCGGUACUUGACGUCAUAUACCGAUUGGUCUGCGCAUCGUCGCAUAAAGUUGAACACACCUGUAGUUUAUUACUGUAACACGAACCUCUGGCCUCGUGUGUCACCAGUCUUAAAUACACCGAUAUUUCAUAAUAUUUUUCAUAAACUACUUUCUUGAAUAUUGUAGUUCCUCUGACUAGAAGUUGCAGGCUUUAUAUGAUUUAUAGUUGACAGUUUCCAACUCAUAUUCAAAUUGGCUAUUUUUGGGAAGGCGUAACAGCUUUGAACGCGUCUCAAACCCAAUUGUGACUGUUUUUAUAACUGCACACACACUAGCAGACAUUUCACUUGUGCAGUUACAUCCAUGAGUGACGGAUUAAAAGCGGUUUGUUUGGGUUUGAUGCGGGAUUGUCAGCUGGCAUGAUCAUGGGGGAUCAGUUUGUCAGGGAAGUCUUCAGUCUGUGUUUGCAAAGGCUUGCCAUAGAAGAAGCUACAAGCUGUGAACUCGAGUUCAUUGAAGUGGUGAAGAAUUUUGAGGCCGUCCGGAAAAAAUGGCUGCAUGCAGAGCUGGAACUGAAGAAACACAAAGAGCUCCUGGUGAAGUCAGAUGUGUCUCGAUCUGCUCUGGAGGUCAAACUCAAACACGCUCGAAACCAGCUGGACGUGGAGAUCAAGAAACGUUACAAAGCAGAAGCGGACUACCAGUGCCUGGAGCGGCAGAUGCAGUUGAUAUGUGACGUGCUUGUGCAUGACAGCAAAUCAAGUGCCUGUCUCAAUGAUGAACAAAGGUCAAUGCUGACCAGCUUCAGUCACAAAGGAACCAGCGCCCCACAGCCCAGAGGAAAACGGUUAUCUGUGAUUGAUGAAUCCUCCUUCCUGUCUCACUCUGACAUCAGUUAUGACAGAACCGAUGAUGAUUUGGAUUUGGACAGCACUGCAUUUGUUAAACCUCUCAAGUCAAGGGCUCGUGAAAGAAGACGUUCAUCAAUGGGCCCAUGUGUUGGUCCUCCGAUGCAGAAACGAGGAAGAGUCAGCAGCCGUUCAGGAGAUCUCAUGGGAUCAAGACCAUUGGAGAAGGAAAUCGAGACGACCAUCGUGAAGGCAUCGGUCACCACUCCAGAGAGCGGAGGUCAGAUUCACAUGGUAAUAGACAUAACCCAGGAGAUUCCAGAACAUCCAUCCAGAGCUCUCAGAAAUGAACAUUUUCCAUCUGUUGCUGAGCAAACGUCCGUGUGGGCACCUAGUGAAGCCACAGAAACUGAGACGAUUGUUGAAAUGGAGGUCACCACCCCAGAGCCCAGACUCCUUCAGGACUUCACACCCACUGUGGAUAAGACUCUACAGCAUGUGUUCCAACAAAAAACAGUGAUUCGUCCUGAGACAUGCACACCGUGUGGGAAGAGGAUUCGGUUUGGGAAGAUUGCAGUGAAAUGCAGAGACUGUCGAGUGGUGAGCCACCCUGAUUGUAAACAUCUGUUUGUUGAGAAGUGUAGCCCUACAGCACAUGGUUCAGCUCAGCCGAAUGAGGAUACGUUAGAGAGGUUCGCUCCCUCCACACGUCCACAGAUUCCCUCACUGAUAGUUCAGUGUGUUCAUGAAAUUGAGAGAAGAGGACUUGAAGAGAAAGGUAUUUACAGAGUUCCAGGAGGUGAACGGACUGUGAAGGAACUGAGGGAGAAAUUUGUGUGCGGGAAAAGUCCAUUGAUGCUCCACAAGGUAGAAGAGAUUUAUGCUGUAUGUGGACUCCUUAAAGACUUCCUGAGGAAACUAAAGGAGCCGCUCGUAACAUUUAAGCUUCACAGGAGAUUUAUGGAAGCUGCAGAGAUGGCAGAUGAAGACAAAAGCUCCGAAAUGUUGUUACAGGCUAUCAAAGACCUGCCGCAGCCCAAUAAAGACACGCUGGCCUUCCUCGUGUUGCAUCUGCAAAGAGUUGUGCUGAGUCCGCUGUGUCACAUGGAUCAGAAUAAUUUGGCUAGAGUGUUCGGGCCCACCAUCAUCGGACACGGGAUGCUCGAACCCUCUCCCAUGACCAUUAUGAAAGACACGAACACUCAACCUAAAGUAGUAGCUCGGUUGCUAUCCUUCCCCUCAGAUUUUUGGGAAGGUGUUCUAGCUGAGGACAAAGAUCCAGUCAUCCCUCCUGUGAUGCAUUCGCAUAUCAGCAGUGCGGCUCCCAGCACAAGCAAAGACAAGAUCUUCAAACCUUUGACUUCUCCUGAGUUGAGUAAAUACAGUAAAACUUCAUCUAGUGGGUCAAUCAAGGGUCGCAUCAAGCAUUUUGGUGCCGCUUUUAAUAACCCCAAACCAAGAAAUGAACCAGGGAAAAAGAAAUUCUUCACAUCCCCCAAAUGAUUUAUUGUGUGUUUUUGCACAGGGACAUUUUGUUUUGGUAGCUUAAAAGUCUUUUCUACCACUGGUUAUAAAGCACUGUAGCACUUUAAAAAUCCUACCUAUAUAAAAUAACAAAAGUUACUGUAAAUACUUCGUCUAGAAAGAAUCAGGAAGAGACUAUACCUUUUGUUUUCUAUUUAUACGUA